UUAGUCGAGAAAAUGCAGCGUCUACCACAAGGCAGAAAGAGAGCAAAAUUUGAAUGGCUGCUUUCUCAUCUUCUCUCCCACCGCAAUCAAUAUCAUUCAAAUCAUUCAACACCAAAGCCUUCUUCACCACUUAUUCCCCACCAUUUUCCAGUCCAAAUAUCAUCUCCCAUAACUCACAGAAGCUCAUCGAAUCCUCAGUAACCAAGUCCUACCGCAUCACCACCCGCGGCCAAAUCACUGACGACGACGACGAUGAAAUCUGUAACUUCGACGAAGCAGUUUCGCUCUUCAACAAAAGGGAUUACUACAAAUGCCACGACGUUCUCGAAAACCUGUGGAACAACUCCCAAGAGCCCACGCGCACUCUCCUCCACGCCAUUCUUCAGUGCGCCGUCGGCUUCCAUCACCUCUUCAACCAUAAUCACAAGGGAGCGAUGAUGGAGCUCGGAGAAGGAGUUUGCAAGUUGAGAAAAAUGAACUUCCAAAAUGGGCCUUUUUAUCAGUUUGAGAAAGAAAUAUCCGCAGUUUUGGAAUUCAUUUACCAAACGCAGAUUGAACAAGCUGCGUGCACAGAAGAAGUGUGUGUUGCAAUGGAUCAAUCUGAGAGGUCUUAUCAGCUCCUUGGGGGUUAUGCUGCCGGAGUGCAUCUGUACCACCUGGAAAUCGACCGGAGCUGGAAUGCGUACAUCGUUUUCAGCCCAGAAAAGUAUCGCCAGAGAGCUGCUGCGCCGCCCACUAUAAAGAUACCGCGGCUUGAGGCUUCUGAAGACCAUAUCAUGGAAUUGGACCUAACAUAUUAGGUUAUAUGUAACCUCCUUUUCCAAGUUGAUUGAUUACAAUAUAAAAACAGCGGUCAAUUUGAA